AAAGGAGGGAACGCGGGGCCCGGCACACGGCGGGGUGCAGCAAGGGGCUGUGCUGUGCUGGAGCGGGGUCCGGAGCCCCGUCACGGUGGGAUGCCCACGGGAACUCACUCUUUAUCCCACCCAUCGUGGCCUGCCACAGGCUUGAAACAGGGCGCUUUGCUUCUGGUCUAGGUGUGGCAAGAGCAGUCAGGUACUCGGAGAAAAUUAGUGUCUGCCCCCUCGUGUCAGGUAAAGAGCGGAUCCAUGCAUCAUCAUUUCACCUGUGCCACAGCAUGCGGCCCAACGGCUUGGCUGAGAACUGCCCACACUCAUUACACCAGCCGUUACAGGCAGUGCAGCCGAGGUGAUGGGCAGCUGCAGAUAGCACUUUGGCUUAUCUCAGUGUAGCCCCUGUGAGCCCAUAGAUCCGUGAACUCCUUCUGUACUCAGUCAUUACUAUCUACGUUGAUGAGUUAGUGUUAGAGACGUUGCGGGAGGACUGAACGGCCAGUUACAAAACGAAAUGCUUCCAGUGUAGACAUGUUUUCUGGCAGUGAAUAUCAAUUCCCAUGACCUGCAGUACAUCCUUUUUGUAUUCUAAAACGCUGUCGUAUCCAAACGUAACUUUUCAUUCUUGAAUUCAGUGACAUAAAGGCUAUGAUAAAUCAUGUAUGGCACCUGCUUGAUAGGUAUAUGCUUAAAGUAUACCACAGGUGAGGCAAGCUUGAGGAAUAGCUGUCUUGUUUUAGUCCUUUUCGGGACAUCUUGCAUCUCACUGACAUACAUUUGGAUGGCCACAAUGAAACAAGGGACUGGUUCCUCCUGUAGAGAAAAUGACACCAUAUCUCAGUGAUGAGGGUGAAGAUGCUUCACAGUUAUUCUCUCCUGGCAUGGUAUAAGAUAUAUGAUGCUAAAGCUGUUUCACCUGAGUAAGUGGCCCUCAAAUUCAAGCAGAGAAGGCCAAACUGAAAUAAAAGCAACAGUGCUCAUCUCAAGCCCUAUUCAUAGCCCUGUAAUAGGACAAUAGGUCGAAAGUUUGAUGGGUCUAUAGCAUCUUAUUCUUUUUCAGUGUGAAAACCUUAGAAAUAUUGAUGAGAACUAGUAUUUCAAGGAAUUCAGUGUUCUUUCUUUCAAGGAAACAAACCAGGAUGAGGAAUCUCUUUAAAAUGCAACAUUUCUCACUGCAUUCUUGUGUUAUGAAAAAUAAUUGUCUGCUUUUUUGUUUUUCGUUCUUUUUUAAAGAUCCUUGCUGAGAAAAAUGACAGCGGGUUCUGUCUUAGUUCCUCAGGUCAUACCUCUUCGAAUCCCUCUUCCAGGGAAGGCUAAACAUGAAAUAGACACAAAUACUCUUGUAGAAAUAAAGUCAGAUACACCUGCAGUCACUAUUUAUUACACUUUAGACGGAAGUAAGCCAGAACUCAUUAGGAAACCCAGCUAUGGAGAGCAUAAUACUUUUGAGUAUAAGCAACCUAUCAUGUUACCAGUUGGGAAAAUAAUGGUCAAGGCAUUGGCAGUUACAAAGGACUGCAGGGAAAGUGCCAUCGUAACAAAGGUGUUUCUGGUAGAAUACAAACCGCCAAUCACCCCCUUCUCUGGUGAAGAGAAUGACAAGAAUUUCCUAAAGGAUCUCUCCAUACAGGAGACUGAAAAUGGAGUGUUUACUACAAAACCAAAGAAUGGAGUGAAUGUGGAAAUCAAGGCUGCUUGGAGUGAAGCACCCCAAGAUUUUCAAAAGUUGGAGACAGAAAGAAGAACUGCUCACAGGUCCCUGAAAGGACCACAGCUCCUGACCAGUCAUUUGGAAACUAUAGGGUACAGAGAGGAAUCCAUCUCAGCACCACUCACAGAGUCAUUACAGUUUGCUAGUUCUUCUGCAGUGAUUAGCCGGAAGAGUUUAGCAAGCACACAGACAGCAAGAAUCCAGAAGGAAACAGAUUUCCUCAAAUGUGCACACUGUUCUGUACCUCGCCCGUCUGACCCCUUGGCUCACUUCUGUCAGGAAUGUGGAUCUCCUCUCCCACCUGUGCCAGUACGUCGCUUCCCAGCCCCUGAAGGAGCACAGAUGGCACCAUGUCUUGAGUGCAGAUGUCUGGUGCCAAUGAAUACACCCACCUGCAUUGUAUGUGAAGCACCAAUAGCUCCGCAGCUGCAGCCCCAAACCACUAUCUGCUUAAAGGGCAAAGUAAUUUGUCAGGCAUGUGGCGCAGGAAAUCCUCUUCACCAUAAACGCUGUGUGACUUGUGAAAGCAAACUGCCUGAAACACAGACGCCCACGUUUAGAGGAGACACCCCCCAACCUUUCCCCAGUCAGCAAGGGAAGACAGUUGCCUGCUCAAAAUGCAGUCGUCUUAACCACUGUGAUGCCAGUUUCUGUGACUGGUGUGGGGCCAAGUCUGGCCCUCCUCCGUGCUACUUUACUUGCUUCGAGUGUGGUACAACCAACCAACCGUAUGCUCGAUUCUGUGGGUCCUGUGGUGUUUAUAUAGAGCCCCAGGCAAGGGUGGGUACUCGCAACAGCAUGCUUAUGGGUGCUGGGGACUUGUUGGUCUCAUCUGAGGCUAAAGGAUUCCAAGCUGAAGCUGCCUGGCAGCCUCUUCCUAUUUCCUUGUCCAAAUCAAGACUAGAUCUAAAUCAAAGAAAAGAUAAAGGAACCCAAACCGUUGGACUUUUUUACCCAUCUAGCAAAUUGUUGGAGAAGAAGGAGCUUGAGCUGGUUUCGCAAAAAGAAAAGCUGGAAAAGAUGAGUGAUCAUAAGCCUGUCCUAACAGCUAUCAGUCCUGGAAGGGGUUACUGGAGAAAACAGCUGGAUCACAUCUGCGCUCACCUGAGAAGCUAUGCACAGAACAACCUUGAAUUUAGAGCACUGAUUGGAGAACCUCGAAUGGGAAAGAUUACUUCUGCUACAGUUCAUGAGGAUGACUGUGAAGUCACUAUUACAUUAAAUUACACUCUUGCUAUUAACAAGGAUACUCUUGCCAGUAAACCAGUGAAGUUCAGCAAUCAUUACCUGAGCACUGUAAAAGAAGGCAGAGAUGGACAGGAUGGCAGUCAGGCUAGUUUUGACGAAGAGGAUCAUCAUCUUUCACAUUCAAGAAGCAAAAUAAAGCAAACAAAAUCAAGAAAACUUACAGAAAAAGAAGAUAAGCUCCCCCCAGAGUCCAGACAACUACUGAAAGAACUGGGUCCCAAUGGGGAAGGAAGAAUUGCUUUGGUAGAACAAUUGCUCAAUGAAGGAGCUGACCUGAACUGCACUGACAGCAAGGAACAACCUGUUCUAACUGUAGCUGUCUGUAACAAGCAUGCUAACGCAAUCUCCCUUCUUGUGCAGAAAGGUGCUAAUAUAAACCAGCAGUCAGGACUGGACAACACCACUGCUCUCCAUGAGGCAGUUUUGCUUGGAUUAGAGGGAAAGGAGUGCACUGAAGUCCUAUUACACUGCAAUGCAAGCAUAAAAAAGAAGAAUGCAAAAGGACAAUCAGCAUAUGAUUUGGCUGUUACAGUUGGAAAUAAUGAAGUUAUUUCAUUAUUUGCAAGUAAGCUCGGACAGGAAAUGUUGGACAAACUUACAAAAUCCAGGAACAUUGGUCUCGCCAGUGUUUGACUGCAACUGCCUCUUCCCCAGGAUUGAGCUGGAGGCUCUUGAGUUUGGGAGAAUUUAAACUCGUCUGUCUAGUUCUGUCUAGAGGCUUCACUGGAUCGUAGAAUCAACCCUGGCCCCAUGACAGCCAACUACUUGGUGAAAGAUUCUCCCAUCCUCUCCCAGCAGUUCAUAGUCCAGUUCUUCACUGUCUGUGCUCCAUUCAGCAAGAUUUCUUUUCCUUUCCAAAGGAGUUUUUCCAUACUUGUGCAAAGAGAAGGACCAACAAAACUCUUCCAAGGCACAAAGACAUUUUAAGGAAACCUGAUGAACGUUACUUAAGAUGGUUUGACAGUUGAGCCGAUAGCAUUGUAAGCUGUACUCCAAUUAGCUUAUUUUCCAUUUUCAAGUUAAAAAGGCAUUCAGUGCAGCUUUUUGCAUUAACGGUCAGAUUCUUUGCCUUCAGAAAACUGAGUAAAAUCAAGUCACUGUUUUGCCUUCAACUUUUAUUUAUAAAUGCAUCAACAUAAGGCAGCAGCCAACUACAACAGAAACGUACAGAUAACGGACACACUAACAUUUGCUAUGAAUUCUUAGACAUUAGCAGCCAUGUUCCUAAGUCCCAGAAGGAGUUUUGAAACCCCUUCCCCUUUUUAUUUCCAAAGGGAUCAGUAAGCAUUGGUAUGUUCAGUAAAAGAAUGGAAAUGACUUUCAACCCUUGUAGGAAACACAGUUUUGACGAUGGGGCUACAAGCAUCCUCCAAAUAGCAACAGCUAGGUUUAAAAAAAGGAAGAAAAAACAACAAAAAACAAACAAACAAACAAAGUAA